CUCUCCCUCACCUUCAGUAGUAUCUGACCCAGAGCAUAACAUAGCCUUAGCUAAGCUCCAUACCAAGGUGGGUUUGGUUCAGACUUCAUUGGUCAGGGUAGCAGCAUGGUGGAGGGUAAGCCGUAUCGGUAUGGUCUGAUCGCGGCAGGGAUGUGUGUGUUGUUAGUCGGUCUGUUCGUUAUGACUCAGGAGCGACCUCACAUCUACGCAACACUCUGCUCUCUGGGGAUCACCAUGAUCACCCUUGGCACCGCGUGGAGCCUCUGCCAGUGCUACCCUAAGGUGGUGUUGAUCUCUCAGAGCCUGGAGGAGAGGGGACCCAGGGACAGCAUGGAUGCUGUUGCAGGGGAGAAAAACAUCAGUGUUACACUGGCUGGUUUCCAUGAUAACAAGGUCAGCCCUGCCCUGUCUGUCCCUCUGGUCCUCCAGCUCCACUCUUCCCACAGCUGUCCCAUACUACACCUGGCUUGACCUGAAAUAAACAUCUUUUAUGGAUUUUA